UGUGGAGAGGGGUUCGAUGCGCGAGGAAAAGUGGAAAAUCGAAUGAUUGAUACAUUUUGCAAAGCGGCUAUUUAGCUAUGUUUCGGUCGCUGCUCGCCAAGUAUUAUAGUACAACGUAUCAGAAUCGUAGGGUUUCGAUUCACAGCUUGCAUUUCCCUCCGACGCGUGAGGCAUAAGGCGGACAUUGGGGGGCUUAAUGAUACGGUUUCAUUUUUCCGCUAGCUAAUUUUGGCAUGCCAUGCUAACGCAAACUGGUUAGCUUUGUUUACAUCAAGCGCGCGCCUGGGAUAUGUUAGCUCAUUGCUAACCCAAACAAAUGUAUGAGCUUAAGAGCAGCCUUUCGUUCACUUGGGUAUCGACAAUGAGACGGGGCUAGAUAGUAAAUGGGCUCUAUGGCUAACAUUGAGCAUCUCUCGUUUAAAUCGUUUGGCUGAUGUCGUAAGCUAACGGUAGCUGCGUAAUGCUAACCUUUUGAUUAUGGAUGGUCAUUUGAUCCACUGUUAGCUGUUAGACAGCAUUGGUGGGGAUGUGAGUAAUUAUAACCAAGGGUCUAAUUGGUCCUCAUCAAUAGGAACUUGAAUUGUGAUCUCGUUGGUGAAUAGUAGCUACCACGAACCGGUGAUGCUAGCUCUAGCUAACGUUAGCUGCUGCAGAGCUAGCUAGCGUUGUGCGCGUUUAUUGAGAACCGUUUCGGCAUAUUCGUUGUCUGUUAUUGUGUCUAUUAUAUAUUCAUGUGCCUGCACUGACACACUGGAGUGGCUGCUUGUUGCUCCACCAGGCCACCUUAUAUUUCCUCUAUAUACCCGGAGACCUGGCUAUCUUUUAGCUCCGUCGCAGUGAGUGGCUGGAUUUUUUUUUUUUCUUCUCCCGGGCCGUCUUUUCCCCGAGUCUGCGGAGUAACACUGCUAUGAACCCCGUCAAUGCAACCAAUCUGUACGUGUCCGCCAGCCGGGCCGUGCUGCAGUGUGACCCGCGGCAGCCUCACAGCUUCGCAGAGAUGUACAAGCUACUGCCCUUCUUCCGACAGUCCAUUGCAUGCCUUGUCUGUGGUAAACUGCUCCAGGAUCCCAUUUCCCCAACACAUGCAGAGUGUCAGCAUUACGUCUGCUUGGGCUGUAAAGGCCAGAAGAUGCAGAUAAGGCCGCCGUGCAGCCGCUGUAAGGAUUACUCCUGCUUCCAGGAGAACAAACAGCUCUCGUUGCUGGUGCAAUGUUACAGGAAGCUCUGUCUCUAUGUCACUCAUUCGCCGUUGCUGCAGUCGAUCAGCGGCCAUGUGGGAGGGUCUCCAGAGGUUAUGGCCCUGCUAGACGAGGUGCUAAUGUCACAUGAAGAUGAGAUAGAGACAGAAGACCCGAGCCUAGCACAGGAAAAUGUGAAUCCAUCUGCCCCAAAGUCCCUCACCCCCACAGAGGCACCACCUGCUCCUGCAGAGCUGUCGGCUAUACCCCAGAGCUCCUCCUCGGACCCUCCUCGUUCCAAUGGACCGCAGGAAUGCAACGGAGAGGUGCUGGAGGACCAUGAUCCUUCUUCUCCUGAGCUGGAAGUAUGCGAGCUGGUAGAGGAGCAGCCACAGGCAGACCUGUCUGUGUCCAGUACUGGCUGUGGUGGUCUGGAACUGAGUCUGACCACUGGACCUUUAGCCCCAACUCCAGGCACUGUGUGCUCACUCAGGGAUGGGGAAUCUGGCAGCAGGGAGCUGGAGGAGGGGGAGGUGUUGCUUCUCAGUGUGGAGGAGGUGUUACAGACUUUGGAUCCCCUUCAACCCGGUCGAGAUUCUCCUUAUACGCAGCCAGAACGUAUGCACACUCACACACACACAACCACGGACAGAGCACACGCUCCAAUGUACAUACAGCUAGACGCAGCUCACAAUUACACACAGAUUCAAACAGACAGGACUAACACAGUGGCAAGUCACGGUGCUCACAUACACACAUCUUCUUUCGAUCCUCCUCCGACCUCCAAGCCCCCGCCGGUCCGCCUUAAACGAAAACGUUCUCGUUCAGAGAGCGAUAGGGAGAAGGUGAAACCUCUCCCUAUCGCCUCCAUCCUACAGGGCCCCUCCUCACAUCUACACACUCCAAACCCUUCUCAGACACUGUACAUGCAACCACCUACACCCUCCUUAACUGUGCCGGCACACACAUACUCGUCCCUUCCUAACGGGGCGCCCCCCAAGCUCAGUCGGCCUGCGCAGAACCACAAUAAAGGUGCCAGAAAGCAUGUUGAUGCGGGCCCUAAGAAGCCCCAUGCGAAGGUACGCAGCGGCGGAGGCUCCAAGACCAAGGACGGCAGCAAAGACCAGCGGUUGAUGUCCGGCUGCCUCGUGCCGCCAGCGCCUGUUAGGCCUCCAUAUAAGAAGCCUGCGGAGAAGAAGGGCUGCAAGUGCGGCAGGGCUACCCAGAAUCCAUCUGUACUGACAUGCAGGGGCCAACGCUGUCCCUGCUAUUCAAACCGAAAGGCGUGCUUGGAUUGUAUCUGUCGAGGUUGCCAGAACUCCUACAUGGCCAACGGGGAGAAGAAGCUAGAGGCCUUCGCUGUGCCAGAGAAAGCCUUGGAGCAGACGCGGCUCACACUCGGCAUCAACCUCACCAGCAUCACCGCGGCCGCUGCACUCCGCAACCCGGCAACCACCAGCAUCCGCACUAACACCCUCCUCAAUGUCGCCACAGUGACUGGGACCCCCGUGACUGCAACCUUUCUGUCCCCCAGCCCCCCACAAGAGCCCAGCUAUGAGGACAGCCUGGAGCUGCUGAUUGGAUGAGAGGGCUGGGACUCCAUAGACAAGACAGCUCGAUGCUGAUUGAAUGUGACGGCUGAUCAUUGUAUCUGUCGAGACAACCUGUACCUCCCCAACACCCGAGGGGAGGCAAUAAGGCAGCUAUGGGUCUGUCCUGUUCUGUAAACUGCUCUCCUUCUGUGUUGGAAAAUGCUGAGUAGUAAGACUAGCAUGGGUGUGCCAAAGCCUCCUGUAUUGUGCCUGUGUGCCGGUGUGUAUUGUUGCCUGUCUGUAGUGAAACAGUUAUACUCGGUUCCAAGGCUGUUCUGUACUCCAGAGGUGCUUUUUCGUUCAUAGCACCCAGACAUACUAUUAGAGGCAAUAGGAACCCAUACCAGAGUUUGUGUUUGUCAGUGUGUGUGUGCGCACCAUUAUAGAUUUCAGAGUGCGCAUGUGUGACUUUUUUUUUUUUUGGUGCGUAAUAACAAAAACACGGCAUCAUCAUAUCUCGUCACCUGUCGCAGCAUUUUCCAUGUUUGAGUAUUACUCCGUGUGUAUUUUAAGGAAUGCAUCAUAGGUAUCAGGACGGCCCUUACUAAUCCUUAAUCCUCUGUGUUCACACCUUAAUUGUGAAUGAAUCUUGUGACUAAUCUAUGGAGAAGUUAUGUCCCACACAAGACUCUAUGCCUUUUCUAUCUCAUUAACUCACUCAAUCCGAGUACUGUUAGGCUGAUAACGAAUUUGUCUUAAUGAACUUGACUGAUGCAGGCAUUGUACAGGCAGCGAGAUAAUGUCAAAGCACUUGGCUGGCUCCACAGUUUCUGUGCAUGUAAGAGUGUGUGCGAGUGUGUGCGAGUGUGUGUAUGUGCCUGCUGAGAUUUACUGAAAUUCAGUGGGGAGUCGGAUGGUGGGUUGUAAGCACUUAGUCUGAUUGGCCAAAUCACAACAUAGCAAUAGUAGCACCAACAAGGAGCCUCCCAGCUCUCGUGCACACACGCAGUUGUUUACAGUAUUGCCAUUUAUACAGACUAUAACCGACUGUCUUCUAAAAUAUUACACCGUUAUGGUUUGAUUAUGGGAUUGUACAUGACUGUGUGUUUAGAUAAACUGAAGCCAUAGAUUGUCAUUAACAAGACAAAAUAUCCUCUGCGUGUGCAUUCCCCCCCCCCCCCCCCCCCCAGGUGUAGUGUCCCGACUGAUUAGAGACCAACUCAGAGACUAUUUUUGAUACCAAGUGUUUGAGAUUUGGUACCACUGUCUUUAUUUGUGUUUUAGUUAAAGCACCUUGAAGCCCUCCUAUAACUCGAGAGGCUGCGUAUUGUCCGUGUUUGUGUUUACUGUAACUACAACAUGUUUGUCAGUCCAGAUGUGGUGACCAAAAAGAGACUGAAGGAGAGAGUGGGAGGACUCAGGCUGACCAAACAAACACCUUGGUUCUCGACUCAGACCAGGAAGUAGCCGGUGGAUUACAGUAUGAUCAGCAAAUAUGAUCUACCUUCCUGCGUGUGUGUAUGUUUCAAGAUGUAUUUUUGUUUGGGCAUUACUUGAACCCUGAUUAGUUUUGGGUAUUUUUUUUUUUUUUUUAUGUACAAAAGCUCUUGUUUGAAGAGUGACCCUUAUUAUUGCUGAAACAUUCACUGCCAUAAUAUGGAAACAUGUAUUAAAUGAUAGUUUUUUACUUUUUCAGUAUUGUGUCUUUGUCUAGAGGACAUGUUUUGACUCAAGUUUUUUUUUUUGUGCAGACAGUGCACCACAUAUUCACCACAAGCUAGGAAGAAGCCCAAACAUGGAAAACAUAUUUUUCCUGAUAAGUGUUUCAUACUGUAAAUUGUCAUUUCCUGUUUAAUGAUGAAACAAACCUAAAAACAACAAACCAGUACAGGUUAGUCAUUUUACCUCGCCUACAUUACACUACCCUUAAACAUUCAGACCUAAUAAAGAGAUUUCUUCAUUAAAUCUGUAUAAUAAUUAGAAAAUAUAUAUCGAACUUAAAAGGAAUAGACCAUCUUUAUAGGUAUCCAUUGGAUAUAGAAGUGUGAAUGUGUCACAAAACACUUUAUACUGAGUCAGUGCUUCUCUGUGAGGCUGCAUCGUGAUCUGUCAUGCACACAUUCCUUCAAGACAUUGCACAAAGGAAAUUCAAAAGCACUGUAAGCCAAAAGGAAGCUUCACUUAUAAUACUGAACAUUUAAAAUCUUGUGGCAUUUUUUGAUACUUGUUUUUCAUAAAAAGAAGUGUCCUGUGUCCAGCAGCACUGUCAUUUCUUGUGGAUGACAACUCAAUCUAUUCUCAAUAGAAGUCAUUCACACAUGAGUACAACAUUUAAUCUGCAUCUAUUGUACUUGACCAAACGCCCAGUACUGUGAAUGCAGCAUGUAAUCCAUGUUUGCUCUGUCAUGCGGUGCUUUCUGUGUACUAGCCUUGAAAAAAACUGAAUUGAACUCCCGUGUCAGCUGGAGUAAAUACACUUCUUCCAGCUUCUCUUCUUCUGCAGCUCCGCUUCAUCAUAUUCUUACGCUCCCCGAAGAAGUCCUUUGCACCAGUCCAUUCUUCUUCUCCAAUCCUGUACCAGACAGCUGCUCAAAUGAUCAAGCCAACAUUUGAGUCACUUCUGUUGAUGUCUAUAUGAAGUCAUCCCAGUCCCGGACUUUUCUACCCGGGAAGGUUUUCUCACUUUAGCCCACGAGAAAGGCCCCAAAGUAG